CUUGGAGCAGAAGGGGCUGAGGUGUACUUAACCUGAUUUGGUGGUGUCCCCGGGACCAAAGGAGGCUCCUGAUCUGAUGGGCACAAAAGUGGUGCCAUCUUCAGUAAAUCAGCCAGUGAGAAGUGAGGAGGAAGAAGCACCUUAUCAGAGUCCAGCAGCUGACAAAGAGAGUGUCUAUGGAGCGGUGAGAUCCAGGAGUCCCAUUGCAGACUAUACAUUCUCACAUGCCAUAACAAAAGACAAAGAAUGCAGACUACCAGAUUUUACCCGCCCAUCAGUGGCACGGAAACUUACUGCAUUAGUCCCACAAAAGAAGAAGAAAACUGCCAAGGUGGCUCAGCAAGAAAAUGUGGUGAAACCACGAAAAAAUUCCAAGGCAAAGAAUAAUAGUUUGGGGCAGAUAUGUGGUUUUCCAAAUUAUGUCAUUGUUCCAUCUCUUGCAGAUCACGGUGUUCAGCCAAAGAAUCUGGAAAUAUCGGUGCCAGAGGACGUGACAAACACGCUGCAUCAGGAAGCUUCUUUUUUGGACCAUGUAGCCACCCCCGGACAAGAAGACAUGGCACAUUCACCACGAAGAAGGUUGGAUUUCACAGAUGUGAACACCAAAGUGCAGGACUGCCAGUGUACCUGUGCUGUUUUAGUAAAGGAGCUACUCAGCAAGGUGACCAAUAUGGAGGCAGAACUUGGUGGACAGGUAAGUAACCUUGGGGGACAGGUCAAUCAGCUGCAGACAGAUGUGGCUGGCCUUAAAGAAGGCAUAAAGGAACAGAUGGUAGAAGCCAUGAAGAAAGUAAUCGAACAAACAAGGGAAGAAUGGCAAGUUGGAGUUGGCCGCACCAUAAUUUCAACACACCACCAAGCGGUUCAAGUCAGCGGCCUGGACGAAGUCAGCGGCCUGGGCGAAGUCAGCGGCCUGGACGAAGUCAGCGGCCUGGACGACCGCAGCGGCCUGGACGACCGCAGAGGCCUGGACGACCGCAGAGGCCUGGACGACCGCAGAGGCCUGGACGACCGCAGCGGCCUGGACGACCGCAGAGGCAUGAAAGACCGCAGAGGCCUGGACGACCGCAGAGGCCUGGAUUCAAGUAUGCUGUUGCCAGGAACACCAAUGAUGACCAGCACACCUGCUCACAGGCCACUUCUCAAUACAUUCGGAGGCGCUCUGACCGAUAUUCCCCUGGCUAUCAUCUCCACUGCCCUGGACGACCAUCUGUACAGAGCUUCAAAUGGACAUAUUCUCAAAUAUGCACAUUCUCUGUUCCAGUACCAUGUACAAUACGACAAAUACUUGGCGUGGGCCAAUCGUGUGAACUUUGAUAGUGCCAAGGGCAAAAUUCCGCUGCCCAAAAAUCUGGUACAUGACAUCAUGGCUAGGUGUGAACGCUGCGUGAGGAUUGGUGCUCCAGAAAAGAGGAAGAUAAGGGAUACCAUAAACGCUGUGCUGAGAAUGAAGAGGAAAAUGCCUUGGAAGAUCAACUUUGAUGAAACCAGAUUAUUACCUAACGAUCCUCCUAGCUUCAGCACAUCAGCUUGACACAGCUGGAGCUACAAAAUUGUGACACUGUACCUGU